GAAGGUGCUUUUGAUGCAAGACGUCUUGGAAAUUGGGAAAUACCUAAACAGUAUCCAUCCAGACCACGCACACGUCAAGGAAAUACAACAUUUAUUGCCAACAAUAGUGGACAUUUGCUUCCUCAUAUUAAAAAAACCGACGAACAUCCAUGGGGAAAUUUUAAAAGCACAUACGAGUUACCAAAAAGAAUAACAAGAGAAUUUAUUGAAAAUUAUAAUUAUUGUUUAACCAACCCUAACAGAUAUAAGCACUUUGGAGAGGAAAUUAAAACUUGUAACGAAAUUAAAAACUCGAUAUGUGAACCAAAAUGUGUGGCAAUAAAACGUAUUAUAGACAUCAGCAAACUACAAGAGAAGGUGCAAAAACAUAGAAAAACUCAACGUUUGGCCUUUGUCUGCAAAAACAAAUAAAUUUCAAUUUAAUAGAAUCAAUUUGAAUAAAUUUAGUCAAAAUAAAAUAAUGGACAUGCACUCUGAUUUAGAAUAUAUACCAGGCGACUUCACGUCACCACGACAUCAGCAUUCAUCACGGGAACUUUUACUUCGACAAAAGUAUGAGAGAGAUAAAAGUAUAGCACCAGAAUUGCCUUUGCAUAAAUUUAAUCUGGAAAGAUAUAACAAUUAUUUAACAAAAAAAAAUCUGUCAUUAAAUACAUGUUCACCAAUUUUGCCACAUACAUCGUCAAAGAAGACACCGUUUUCGCCACCUGUCGAAGACAUAUGCUUAAACCAGGAAUUGCAAAAUUCAGAAUAUAAUAUGAUUAAGUCUGUUAAUUCCAUAGCAGAUAAACCCAACGAACGUUGCCCGUCUCCAAUAGUACCCGCUUACGCAAAUUUUGAAUUAGCAAAACGUAUGCAUAGUGAAAACUUGGACCACCAACCUUUACCUGAUUGUGUGGCAGAUUUGGCAUAUCGAAAAUUACAAAUAUCAGGCGGUCAACCUGGUCUUGGUCUAGAAAUUGAUCCAGUUGCCACUGGAGUUGGCAUGAAGUCAUACAAAGCUGGCCCUACUCAUUGCACAAAAUUAAAGGUAUAUCGUCCAAAAACUUGUGGUGUAGUACCGAGAUCAUACAAUUUAACCGGGAGUCCACUCUACAUAUCUGCAGAUCAAAAUAAAAAAAUGAGUGCAAUGGAUCUAGCAAUUUGCUGGGACUAUACUCCUUUAAAUCCCAAUGAUGAACCACAACGUGCAAUGCAUAUAGAUGGCUCCAAUGACUCCGCUGGACCUGCAGUGUUUACACAUGUUAAGACACCACGUGAAGAUGUUGCCACCAGUACAGGUCGUUCUGCAGGAGUUUUUAACAACACUUUAGGUGAAGCUAGUUUUUUUGAUAAAGACAUAUUAAGUAGGAAAACUGACUUUACUGGAAAGAAUUUGGAUAAAGAUGAUAAUUGUGUGUGCGACUCAAAUGAUUUUGAUAUACCGCAUCGCUCACAUAGCGUUUCGAAUAUACUUAACCAAACAAUGCCACCGCGCUAUAGCAAGCAAUACCAAUCUACUUCCAGUGAUAUGACUCAACAAAAAUUAAAGGCUUUACGUAAAAAAUAUUUAGGUACAGAUGACGGUGGUCCAAUUUGUUUGACUGAAGCUACGGAACCAGCUUGCAAGCGAAGUGGUUUCUUCCGACGCGCUCGUUCUCGUCUUUGUCAUAAAGUAGCACCACAAUCCGCUUGUUGUCCUACAAAUAACUUUGAAACGCGUUACCCAUGUAAAUCAAUUUUUCGAAUUGGGAACACAAAAUACAACGGAGCAGGUGAAUUUAUUAAUUCUAAUAGUGGUUGUUGUAUUGGAAACCAUAACUCUAAUAAAGUUUUAGUGAUUCCUAGGCCAAGAAAUCCAUACAAAAGAAAAAAUUAUAGCAUUGAUACUUUAGUUCCCCCUUUUACAAGUUAUCAAGGUGGAGCAGGACAGGGA